GAGUCUCCUGCGCUAAUGGUUGACCGCAGCUGAGGAGCAGGUAGAGCCGCAGAAACGCUUUGACCCGCCUCCUUCCCGAGUGAGGCUGCUCGCUCUGACCGAUUCGGGGCAAAGUGGGUGUUCAGGGCCGGAUUUAGCGAUCCGGCUGUCCGGGGCUCCGGAGAGGGCGAUCGCUGCCUGUGUCAGCUGGGCGGCCGGGCGUCUUGUUUGUCCGUUGCUAGGCCGCUGGUGAUGGAGAGGCGGCAGCCGACGGGAAGCCCAGGUGAAUGCGGGGCAGCAGAGUGGGGCACGCUGCAGAGCCCGGCCAAAAGGCACUCUCAUGGUUUACUGAGUUCUUAUUCAUGGCUGCGUGACAGUAAUUGAAAAAGCAGUUGCACAGAGGUCGCUCACUGUCAAGAAUAUUUCUUCGCAUUUGAACUUGAUCACAACAUACAAUGUCCAAGUUAAAAAGUUCUGAAUCAGUUAAGGUGGUUGUGCGAUGUCGGCCAAUGAAUGAGAAGGAAAUUGCAGGUGGCUUUGGAAGAAUUGUUGAUAUAGAUGCAAAACUAGGUCAGAUUCUGGUGAAAAACCCCAAAGGAGGCCCAGGUGAACUACCCAAGACUUUCACAUUUGAUGCUGUUUAUGACUGCAAUUCCAAACAAGUAGAUUUAUAUGAUGAGACCUUUCGGCCUCUUGUGGAAUCUGUUCUCUUGGGUUUUAAUGGGACUAUUUUUGCCUAUGGACAAACUGGAACGGGGAAAACCUACACCAUGGAGGGCCUCCGCACAGAUCCUGAAAGGAGAGGUGUCAUCCCAAAUUCCUUUGAGCAUAUAUUCACGCACAUUUCUCGAUCACAAAAUCAACAAUAUUUAGUAAGGGCAUCGUACCUAGAGAUUUACCAAGAGGAAAUAAAAGAUUUACUAGCUAAAGAUCAAACUAAAAGGUUGGAGCUAAAAGAGAGGCCAGACGCUGGUGUAUAUGUCAAAGACUUAUCUUCUUUUGUGACAAAAAACGUGAAAGAAAUUGAACAUGUUAUGAAUGUUGGCAAUCAGAAUCGAUCCGUUGGUGCCACAAACAUGAAUGAACAUAGCUCUCGUUCUCAUGCCAUCUUUGUUAUAACAGUUGAAUGCAGUGAAAUUGGACUUGAUGGAGAGAAUCAUAUUCGUGUUGGAAAGUUGAAUUUAGUAGACCUGGCAGGCAGUGAACGACAAGCAAAAACUGGAGCUCAAGGUGAACGGUUAAAAGAAGCAACAAAAAUUAACCUUUCUCUGUCAGCAUUGGGCAAUGUAAUAUCUGCACUUGUGGAUGGUAAAAGCACUCACAUUCCCUAUCGAGAUUCAAAGCUAACUCGAUUGCUUCAAGACUCAUUGGGAGGGAAUGCCAAGACUGUUAUGGUGGCAAAUAUCGGUCCUGCUUCCUACAACUGUGAAGAGACACUUACAACACUACGAUAUGCAAAUCGUGCCAAGAAUAUCAAGAAUAAACCUCGCGUAAACGAAGACCCUAAAGAUGCACUUUUGAGAGAGUUUCAGGAAGAGAUAGCUCGCUUGAAAGCUCAACUAGCGAAACGGGGUGUUGGCAAGCGAAAGAAGAAGAAUCGAAAGAGGCAAGGGGGAGAAGGAGAAGAUGAAAUUGAAGAUGAUGAUGGAGAUGGAGAAGAGGAUGAAGGAAUUAAAAAUGAGCCUGAAUACUGGCGGGAACAACAAGAAAAACUGGAGAGAGAAAAGAAAGCCAUCAUGGAUGACCACAGCUUAGUGGCUGAAGAAAAACAGAAGCUGUUGCGAGAAAAGGAGAAGAAGAUGGGAGAUGUGCAGAGAGAGAGAGAAGCCUCUGAGACUCUUGCCACUAAAAUAAAGGCUAUGGAAAGCAAACUUCUUGUAGGAGGCAAGAAUAUUGUAGAUCACACUAACGAACAGCAGAAGAUGUUGGAACAGAGACGUCAAGAAAUUGCAGAGCAGAAACGCCGGGAGCGUGAGAUGCAGCAGCAAAUGGAGACUCAGGAUGAAGAGACACUGGAGCUGAAGGAGACGUACAGUUCUCUCCAGCAAGAAGUGGAUGUCAAAACCAAGAAGCUGAACAAGUUAUUUGCUAAGCUCCAAGCGGUAAAAGCUGAGAUUCAUGAUUUGCAAGAGGAACACAUUAAAGAACGACAAGAGCUGGAACAAACACAGAAUGAACUCACCAGGGAUCUCAAACUGAAGCACCUUGUAAUUGAGAACUUCAUUCCUUUGGAAGAAAAGAAUAAAAUAAUGAACAGAGCUUAUUUUGAUGAUGAAGAGGACCAGUGGAAGACCCAACCCAUUACACGCAUUGAAGGCAAUCAGCAGAUGAUGAAGCGACCUGUAUCAGCAAUUGGAUACAAGAGACCACUUAGUAGCUAUGCAAAAAUGGCUUUGAUAUCAAGAUCAGACCCCCGAUACACAGCUGAAAAUAUUUUACUAUUAGAAUUAGACAUGCCCAGUCGAACAACUCGGGACUAUGAAGGGCCAGCCAUUGCACCAAAGGUACAGGCUGCGCUAGAAGCUGCUUUGCAGGAUGAAGAUGAGCUACAAGUAGAUGCUUCUACAUUUGAUCCACUGAGAAGUAGUAGUGCACGAAAAUCAAAGUCCAGGCCUAAAACUGGGCGAAAAAUUGGCCCUUCAUCAGUUGGUUCUGGAACCACGCUCUACCCACAGUCUCGCGGACUUGUUCCCAAGUAAACCUCAUCUCCCGAAGAUGAAGCUUGUUAGCAGGGAGCUAAAAAUUAGUUGAAUAAACUGUAUUUUGGGCCUAAUUUUAGUCUGCCCCCUCACAUUAGACAUAUAACUUGGAUUCAGUUUAAAAUUUUACAUUUCUUUUGUUUUUACAGUGUAAAUCAUUCCACUGUGAGACUAGGACACCUUCCUAGGUACCCACAACUCUUAAUCUGACAAAUUUCCUGUUUCAUAAUAUAACCCAAGUGGAUAGUGCCACUGCUUGCUGCUACAAAACCACAUUAUCCUAUAUAUAUCUAUAUCAAAAGAAUACCUCACAUUUUAUGAGGCAAUUUAUUGUAUUUAAAGAUUUCUUUAAAAUGCUGCAUAACUUUGUCUUUAAUUUAUUAGAUUUUCUCGUUGCAAAAUUGAAUGUAGAUACAGUAGGUUUGAACUUUUGUUAUUGUAUAGUUGGUAAUUUUCAGAAACACUUUUUAUGGCUGUUUAAUUUGGCUGUUAAAUGUUUCGUAUAAUUUUUUUUCAGACCCGACAAUAGAAAUAAACAAUAAAGCUGGCCAGUGGUCUGACAUGAAAAUACACAGUUAGUAAUUGUUGCUAAUUUAGGGGCUAUCUAAAGAUAACCUGUAGCUUCUCUGAACCAUAUUUUGUAAAACUCCAAAUCAGAAGCCUUUUAACCAGGCUGUCAAAGUGGCGAAUUAGUUUAGCAGCAACAGACAUCGUUCAGGAGUAAAUGUGAUUUACUUAGUUUCACAUUCUGCCUGUAUAAGGUCGUAAGUAUUAUUUACGUUGUUGGUUCUGAAUAUAAAUAACAUUUGUACACCAACUUAUAAACAAAGCUUCCCACAGUGAUAUUUGUUUCUUUUUCAGAUUACUAAGAAUGUAUCCUAACUCAGAUUCUAAAAUAUUUGUACUUCCAGUCACCUCCAAACUUGAUGAAACAUUAUGCUGUCACAAGGUGUCACAUUUUUUACAGCAACUAAGUCCAUUAGUUAUUGAUGUGCAGCAAAUUAUCUGUAUCACAGAGUCUCAUUUGACAGAAUCACUGGAAAAUAAACCAUGUUGAUUUUUAUGUCUAACCUGUGAUUCAUUAAACAAGGCCUGGCGUAGAAACUGCGAUUUUCUAAAUUUUUCCCAAAUAUGCACAAUAAUUGGUCAGUUGAAGUGUUUCACUAAAUUAUUUUAGGUAGCCAAAUUAAAAUGUUACUCACUGCUUUUGUUGCAAUUAUUGGCAUGUUUUAAAGCAUUAUGUCUGAUGGUUCUUUAUAUUACAGGUCAAAUACAUUAUAGCAUUCAAAAUCAAGUAAGGAAUUAGGACUGUGAAAGGGGAUGACUGAGAGUUUAAUUGAAGCUGCAUAGUAAAUGGCCCUGAUUUAAAGAGCAAACUGAGUGUGAUCACCAUAAUUACAUGAGACAAGGACUUCUGAUGCAGAGAAAAAAAAUUCUUCUAUUGCCUUUUCCAGAAAAAAAAUGAUAUUGACGUUGAAGAAUACUUAAGAUAUUUUUUUAAAAAUUCAGUAUGGCAUUAGAUUUGACUGUUGUAACCUCAUUUAAUGCAGUGCUUAAUAAACAUCCUUCAGAGGAUCUUGCCCAUUGUAGUGUUGGCUGGAAGUCCAUUUUGUGUUAGAGUAUCCUCAUUAAGCUAUUUGUUUCACAUUUCAACUUAAAAAGUGUGGGACUCUGUGCACAUCUUGUUACAAGGUACCUUAUUUUCUUGCAAAAUCAGUACAUAGAGUUGCCAUUUUCUGUUGAAUGCUCAAAAAAAUAGAUUGAGUUUACAUAUUUGGCUCUGGUUACAAGAGCUGAGUUUCUAAAAAGUGUGCAUUUUGUUGGACACUUAAACUUUCAUUGGUACUUUUCAAACUCCUGUAUCAAUUUCAAAUAGGGUGAGAAAGAGAGAAAUUCUCAAAUGCUGAUUUUAAAGGUUUUACAAUUUUCCAGCAAGAUGCAAUAUUUUAAAGUUGGAGUUAGGUUUUCUGUAUCUCAAUCAAGCUUACAAUGAAGAAAACAUAAAGGCUAAAAAUGAAAACGUUUGCAUCUUUUAGUAGAUUCAU